AAAAUUGAUAUUUUACUCAUCUUCUAAUGGAAGCUCCAAAACCGUUGACUUGUGACAUCUAACCUCCCAAACAGCUAAGAAAUAUACAUAAACAAACAUGCUUAGAUCUCUUUUUCUUUUAUUGUAAAUUUAAAAAGAACAAAGUCACCAAAGUAAACUGUAAAAACGGCCAUGUCUAAUCAAGAUUAGCCACGUGUCCUACUUUAGCCUACGAGUCUAUUCCUUGUUUGCUUUCUCUCCAUCCUCAUUGGUCCUCAAUUCUCAUUCCCAAUCCCAAAAAUGAUUCUACUUCCAUAUUAAUCCUUAACUCAUACAUUGUCUCAAAAACUCUUUAUUCUUUCUCUCAAGUCUCUAAACAGAUCGACGAGAUUAUGGGUAACGUUUUAAGAUUAUUGUACGGACAUUGUUGUAAGCCGGCCACCACUACUACAGGAUCCCACGGCGUCUCCGCCCUUACCCAUGAUAUCUUCCAAUUCGAGACCACUUCUGAGGUCCCAGAUGGACUGAGUAAGCAUGUUGUGUCGUCCAAGAAGGCUCAAGCUAAUUGGUAUGGAAAACUAUCCGAGGCAUGGAGAGGAGCCAACCCACCUCCAAAGACAGCUGAAGAAGCAACUAGGCUUGUCGUCCAAACCUUGAAAAGACACCAAAAGAAAGAUGUUGAGGGUUUAUUGGCUUUCUAUGGUUUGCCUCUUCCUCAUACUCUUGUUGAAGUUCCUGCUGGGGUCCCAACUUCAACACCUGCUGGAGUAAAGUUCGAAUUGCAAUCACUACCGAUCGAUGCGAAGUCAAUUGCGGAUGGAGAUACAGUGACGGUUUAUGUUAGCACAGCAGACCCCAGAGAAUCAUCAUGUCUUCCAAGAGACGUACAAAAGGCUGCUGAUGAAAGAUCCAAAGCGCGUGCCGUUAAGAACUAUACGAAGGCAGAUGCACUUCACAAGCAAAUAGUUGAUGCUGGAUACAGGGUGAUCAGUCUUCAGAAUAAUGAGGAAGUUCUAGCCAAAAAGUAUAGAAUUCGACUGAGGGGAAUAGAUGCACCAGAAAGUAAAAUGCCAUAUGGUAAAGAAGCCAAGGAAGAGAUAGCUAAGCUUGUCCAAGGAAAGUGUCUAAGAGUCCUUGUCUAUGAUCAAGAUCGUUAUGGCCGUUGUGUUGGUGAUAUUUAUUCCAAUGGAGUAUUUGUACAGGAAACGUUGCUCAAGAAAGGGUUUGCUUGGCAUUACUCUGCCUACGACCAACGCCAAGAACUUGCAAAAUGGGAAAAUGAAGCUCGUGCAAAGAGAGUGGGUUUGUGGGCUUCCUCAAACCCUGAGAAGCCAUGGGAUUGGAGAAAGGACAGACGAGAAGGAAGAUAGUUCCUUUCUAGACAAAGUAAUGCAACUGAACACACAUAUACAGUAAAAGACAGAAAACUGAGGAAAGUGUAUAUUUAUGUACGAGUCAUUUUUUAUGUACAUGUAUUUCGUCCAGCUUAUGGAUUUGUUGUAUUAAUUGCAAUUUAUAUGAAUUCUGUAAUUUAUCAAACAUUCAUUGAAUAUCAAUGCCAAUUAAUAAUAAUAAUAAUAAUAAAAAAAAGGUUUAUGUAGUUCAA